AUGGCUACUGCUAACAUUCUUAACAACAAUGAAAGAGAUCACUAUAGUGAAAAACCACUAAUUUUUGACGGUGAGAAAUUUUAUUAUUGGAAAGAUAGAAUAGAAAGUUUAUUUCUUGUUUAUGAUGUUGAUCUAUGGGAUCUUGUAGUCGAUGGCUACAUUCACCCAAUUAAUGCUGAAGGAAAUAAUAUAGCAACAAGUGCUAUGACUGAUCAACAGAAGAAAGAUUUCAUAAAUCAUCAUGAGGCUAGAAAUAUAUUGCUAAAUGUUAUCUCUUAUACUGAGUAUGAGAAGAUAACAAACAAAGAUUCUUCCAAAUCCAUAUUUUACUCUCUGAGGAUGACUCAUGAGGGGGAUGCUCAAGUAAAGGAGAAAAAGGUUCUUAACAGCAUUAGUCUUGAAGAACUUGUUAGUUCUUUAAGAAGCCACGAGAUUGAGCUCGAGGAAGACGAACCUCAGAAGCGAGGUAAAUCUGUUUCUUUAAAGUCUAAGCCUGAGAAGACAAAAGCUUAUAAAUAUGAGGGAGAAUCAGAAGGUUCUGAUAAAGACUCAAAAGAUGAUGAUGAGUUUUCUAUGAUUUCAAAAAGAGUCAACAAGCUCUGGAAGCACAAGCAUAAUGGUCAAGGGAAGUUAAGAGGAGCCAGAAGGACUGCUGGUCGUUUUGAUUCUUCUUCUAUUCUGGACAGAAGAAGAAGAAAGGUUUUGGAAAAGGACAAAAGGCCUAAUAAGAAUUUUCCUAAAGGCAAGAAAGGGCUGAUGGCUACAUGGGAUGACUCAGAAUCCCAAGAAGAAGAUUAUGACGAAGAAAAAGAGAAUGUUGCAUUUAGGGAAACUACAUAUGAUCUAGAAGGUUAUGAAGAACCAAAAGACAAGGUGUUGAUAGAAUUAGAAUCAAGCUCCGAUUUUGAAGAGGUAUUUUCUAACCUAUCUCGUUCUGGUCUUGAAUGUUGUCUUUCUGAAUUGCUGGAAAGGUACCAAAGUCUUCAGAGUAAGUACAAGGACCUUAAACAAGUCCAAGUAGCUACUUCUGAAACUCGUAGUGAGCUUGAGAAAUAUAUUUCCUCUCUAAAUGAAAAAUUAUUUUCUUUAGAAAUUAACAACUUUGCUCUGAAAAGCAGAAUUUCAAAACUAGAGGAGGAAGUAGUCUCAGAAGCUUCUGGUAUUGAUUACGUCAUUAGAUAUGAAGAGCAUUCCAGUACUUUCUAG